UGAACUGUGAAAAAUAUAUAUUUUCUGGAAAUACAACAAGGUCUUAACUGUUUUAAUACCUUCUUUAUACAAUGAUGUGGUGAGACCUUUUUUAUUUCGGCCUCCCAUCAGGAUUUUGGAAGCCAUUGAAUAUCUAGAUUUAAUAGUGGUCGCUCGUUACGGAAGUCCUCCCUGUGAUAUAGUGUCCCUCUUUUUUUCGUGCCAUAGUUCUUUUUGAGCCUUCUACACUUCGUGUGAAACUUAAAGCCUACUCCCGCUCAACUGAACCCAUGGCAAGCCCCAGUACUUCGUAUCGCCUUCUCUCCAAAUUAGUAAGAUACCAAAAUAAUCUGUUCUAUAUUUACCCGUCCAGGCGUGAAAAACCGCGUACGUGUAAUCCCAACAAACACACACAGAGACACUUCAAGUUCGCAAUACUGCUUGAUGUCGAUGACGACAACCAUAUUCACUUCAGAAAAGAUCCCUUUAGUAAGCUUUAGUACAUACCGAAUGUGGAAGCAAGCCCGGGCAGAAAUGUCGACACGUUCACUGCAAUGGAGAUGAAGUGAAGAGGGUCAAUGGACAAUGUCUGUUUGAGCUUGGCUAUUGUGUUGGGGUAAACGCACCACCCCUUAUCAUCUCAGCUACCUCAGGUGCUGUUCAAGAUCCAAAGACAGCGAACGUUGAGACUUAGACACCCUUCAACUCCCGAUUUAUCGAGUAUCUUAAGUGCGUGUUCCGUUGCAAGUACCCUUCGGCUCAGAUAUCAGAGAUCAUCCCUUUCUCAGAUAGUGAAAGAUUUAUUGAUAGAAAUAAUUUCUACUUUUUUAGGAUAGAAGGUACGUUCCCAUCGACAAGCGAACUUCCGUACGAGGCGUUUCAGGAGGCGGUAGCCUUUUACUUACAGUAUUUGGGGUGGGCAUCCGGAACUUCAAAUUUGCGAAACAUUUUACAUUCGUCAAACCAGGAGAGGUUCAAAACCCAAGAAUCGCCAUCUACCCUGUGGAACAGGUCGGCAGCGGUUGUCGACAAGCCUUCUCAUCCCUGUGAAAACAGUUCCGGCAACUGCUCCGCUAAGGGUGACGUGAACGAAACAAGCAAAUUAUAUGCAAGUGAUGACCUUAGGUGCACAGACGAGACCUUCAUUGCUACUAGUUAUACUACAUCCUGUGUGUAUUAUUAUUUUUCGGGAAAGUUCCAACUAACUAUACCCCCUGAUGUGAUGAGGCCUUUACGAAGUACCUCAAGAAACUUUACAUUUUGUGUUUCGAGAGAGAGGUCCAAUCAAUACAUAGAGAACGUCGGGUUCCUUGUCAUGCUUGUGCUAUUCGUGGUCAGUGCAUGCCAGCAGUAGGGCUGGACAAUGAGU